ACUCUUGAGGAGAAGGGGAAUAAAAUCUCCGGAGCGAAUCUUCUCGUCCCUCGCGCCCGCGCCCUUUCGUUGCUAUUUCAUUCGAUUCACCGCCGGCGACAGGGCCGCGUUGGUCGAAGUGCGCGCGGACGGUGGUUGAGGUGGGCGGCCGAGAUGCGGAUCGGUUGGGCGACGCGGAUGCGAGCCUCCUUCGGGGCUCCCUUCCUCUGGCUCGUGACGCUGGUCUACUUCACCCAGGGUUUCAGAUCGUUCGUAUGGACAGCAGUUUCGUACCAGAUGAAAGACAUACUGAAGCUAUCACCAUCGGCAUCACAGUUCGUGGUCUCUGUUGCACACUCUCCGUGGAGCAUCAAACCAAUUUACGGAAUUCUGUCAGAUUGCAUCCCUAUUAGCGGGAGGAGGAGACUCCCAUACUUGGUUAUAUCCACUAUUCUUUCUCUUUUUCCAUGGCUCAUCCUUGGUCUAGCAAAUUCUCUAAGGAGUUCACGUGAUUCCCUUACUGCUUUCUUGACAUUACAAAAUUUGGGAUCUGCCAUGGCGGAUGUUGUUGUUGAUGCAAUGAUUGCAGAGGCAGUUCGGUCUGAACUUGCAGAAUUUGCUGGUGAUCUCCAAUCUUUGUCAUGGUCUGCUAUGGCCUUGGGAGGAAUAUUUGGGAGCAUGUUAGGAGGGUACACAUUGUCCCAUCUCACAAUAGACACAAUAUUUCUACUUUUCUCUGUUCUUCCAGCAAUUCAGCUUCUGUCGUGUGCUUUAGUCAAGGAGACUCCUUUACAACUCGAAAGCUUGCAACAUUAUAAGAAUGAGGAAAAUUUGGAAUUCAAAGAAGACGCUAGAGAUUAUAAAAGAAAAGAUACCCCCACCAGGACAUCUGAUACUUCCAGAAGGAGGAAGAAUAAUCAUAAAUAUCACAAAAGGAAACUGAAUUUUAAAUCUGAGAUUUCUGAAAAGCAGCCCGGUCCACUAGUUGCAAGAUACGACAUAUCUCUGAGGUCAACUAUCGUUAGUUUGGCCAAGGCCUUCAAGCAGCCUAUCAUCCUAAGACCGAUGGCAUGGUUUUUCCUCUCAAAUGUUGCAGUUCCAAACCUCUCAACGGUGAUGUUCUAUUACCAGACUGAGGUUUUGAACUUGGAAGCAUCUUUUCUUGGGACUGCACGUGUGAUUGGGUGGUCUGGACUUAUGCUUGGUACAUAUUUAUAUAAUCGAUAUUUAAAGCGUCAGAAGCUAAGACACGUCCUCAAGUAUGCUCAUAUUGGCCUUGCAAUUGUAAGCCUCUUGGACAUCAUGUUAGUAUCUAAGUUGCAUAAUCAGUUGGCUAUGCCAGAUAAAUAUAUAGUACUAUGGGGAUCCGCUUUCGGUGAUGCAAUUAAGCAAUUCAAGUUGAUGCCAUUCCUGAUAAUAUCUGGGCAGCUAUGCCCCCCGGGAAUUGAAGGAACACUUUUUGCCCUCUUUAUGUCCAUAAAUAACUUGGGAGCCACUUUGGGCUCAUUCUUAGGAGCUGCUUUGGCAUCAUUGCUGAACAUUUCUUCGGAGUCUUUCGAUAACCUUAUUUUUGGUGUGGCUGUGCAACUAUUAGCGACUCUGCUUCCCAUAACCUUUCUGUUUCUGAUUCCAAAGGAAGCGACCGGAUUAACAUCAUAAUCACGGUGAUGGACCAGCAGAGAAAUCUCCUUUUUGUUUCACUUUCUGAGUUCAAAAAACUGCAGUCAAAAAAAAGAAAUCGAAAGGCCAGUCGUUGAUCGUC